UAAAUAUGUUAUAACACCAAAAAAAAAAAAUAUGUAAUAUAUAAAAAUGAUCCGAGGAUUUUGAUCGGAUUGGAAGUCCGAGACACUGUUCGCAUACAUUUAUCUAUUAUCUAUAUUGCAAUUAUGGACAGCACGGUUAAAGAUUAUUUUUAAUCGUGGUGGGCAGUCAGAAAUGUGUUCCAACAGUGGUCAAAAUCCAUGAUCAGUCCAUAUUAGCGGUUGCGCUGUAAAUCGAUCUUAAUGGCAACUAAUCCCAAAUUCCGUGUUGAAAAAAACCUAAUAAUGAUGGGCCGAUGGCCUAGACGACGGAGAAAUCGUGGUAGUCAGCGUGUCUCGCUGGCAAAUGGGCGAAUUGCCGAGUUGAUGUACAGUUCUCAAGAUUUCAACCAUCCUCUUAAUCGCAGAAUUUUAAUCAAGUCGGAUGUCAAAACCCACCAAUGCGAGUUUAUACAUUAACUAUAUAAAAUAUAUAACAUGACUUAAGUGUCGAGGUGCAUACUAAACGUAUGGUUGUUAACACGUCAUUAUUUUUUUUUUUUUUUAAGCACAAGUACCAUGAACUAUGACUGUUAUAAUUAGUAAGGUACUAAUUUAUUUUAAUAACAACGUUACAUUGUCGUUAAUGAUUUGUCUGGUGUAAAUUUCGAUUGUCGCACUAAGUACGAAAGCUAUGAGUGUGUCCGUGCCAUCUAUCAGUCAUACCACGCAACAAGUUUGUAUGUACUAGACCAGCGUUUCUCAAAUUUGUGAUCGCGAUCACCUUAACUAGGGGUCACUUAAGUCAAAAAUAAUAAGACGCUAAUUUACAAAAUUAACAUUUUUAUUGAAUAAAAAAAAACACUUAUACCUGUAACAAGUUUAAAUUAGGUAUUACACAAAUACACCACUGAACUAUAUAAAUACAUAUUACGUAUUAAGUUCAGUGAAUUACACAUGAUAUUUAUAAAUGGCAUACUUCCUUGGAUUAAUUGGUUAAUGAUUUGAUAUAUUUAUGGUUCAAAUUUGUAGUUAAUAUAGUUAUGGGGGGGGGGGGGGGGGGUCGCGAAGUGAUAAACCAUAUUUUAUACAUAUUUUGGGGGUCGCGACUCGCGACACUAAAAAAGUUGAGAAAUACUGUACUAUAGACAUGAAUUAAAAUAUACCUAAGAUAUAUAAUAUCUAUAACCCGCUUUGUAAUAUACAUUUUGAUAUUAAAUAUUGAAAAUAUUAAAUUAAGUAACAAUACCUUUACCACGGUAUGUCGGUAACUACCUAUAUCAUAUGAGUAUUUGGACGACUAUCGAAAUCAUGUACUGUCGUCCUGAAAAAUAUAUAUAAAAAGUCCUCAUCACAACAUCGCGUAAUAGUAUUUUGGUCCUAUGUAAAUAGGACUUGGAUGUAAAUAAUCCAAUUUAAUUAUUUAUAUUGUACCUAUUAUUUGUAUUUUGAAUAAAUCUUAUUUUAAUAUUUUCCUAUUAUUUAUUAUGAAUGUGAAAUAUAAUGUAACAUUCUCGUAAUUAUUACCUAUGUAAUUCUUAAUCUUCAAGACUUCAAUUUUGAAAAAGCUUUAUGGCCAAUGCAAUCACGAUUCAAGGCCCAUCAUAACAACACAUGCAGUAUACGAAAAUUAAGAGAAGAGCUACUAUCUACGACAUAUUAUUCUCGCCUGCUGAGCAUUUACCAUGUGGCAGAAACCAAUUAUAGACUACCUAUAUGUAAGACAUUAAUUACCUAGGUUAAGAGCAGGAGUAGCUACAACAAAAACAAACCUAGGUAGUUAAAUGAGCCAUCAGAAAGGAUUGGACACAGCCGCAUAGGACAUACCUACUAUAUAAGAAAGUGGCGAAGAUCAAUCAGAAGAUCAUUUAUUACUGUGUGCCAUAGCCCCGUCAUUCGCUAGGAUGUAUGACAGACGAUUUAGUAUUUCCAGUAUUUUAGUUUUAGCCAACUAAAAGGCAAUAUCAGUUGCCUAUACUCACUGAAUAAAACAAAAUAUUUAAACUCUUUAUUUUAUAUUCUAGUCUUACAUUACUUUACCUUAAGAUUCCUUUAUUUAUUUAUAAUAACAUAAUAUAACCCCAGCAACGGAUACAAUGAGAAGAUUUGGAUAUUUAGAGUGGGUAAAUGUGGGUUGCAUAAACAUUCAUUAGUGAUUUACAAAGCCGUUAUGUAACGAACUUAUGAUUCGUUAAAAAAAAAUAAAAAAUAUUGGCUGUUGAUUUGAACGCUCAUUAGCGUUAGGUAACUAGACUAGUCUGAAAUAUAUCGGCUACUGGACGAGUAAAGUACUAUAAAGUGUAAAGUACAGGUCCGAUUUUGGUUCGGUAACAUUUACAAAUACCUAUUUAUUAAUAUCAAAAUUUUGAAUUUCUUAUUAUCAGUUACAUCUUUUUUAAAGUCUUAAAACAUAAUGUACCAUUACCAUAAAGUAAGAAUUUAGGUUUCAACGUCAAAGAGGAUGUCAGCGCAGUGUUUAUUUCUUUCUCAGAGUCUUAGACCUAGAGAGCCUUUUUUUCCCCUUUUUGAAACCGGGAACGGGUGGGAAUUGUUUAGCACAAUACUGCCACCCAAACCCGUAUCGUUUAUUCACCAUAACAAAUAGUAACAUACAUAAUAGCUAUACAUACGUGGGGGCCUCUAACCACCCUAGAUAUUUGACCUUUGGCCCACAAAUUCAGUCACCACUCACCACACUAUACUAAUCGCACCAGCUGCCUGGCCCGCUCUGCAUUUUCCUUCCGCCCGAGAAUCAGCUCCACCAUUUUGCCAGACUUAGAUAAUAAUUAUUACAUAGGCUCUCUACUCAGACCCAUGUGCAACAUAGACAAAACGCAUUUACACAGAAUCAUUUUUUUUUUUUUUUGUUUUCAGCUUUUGUGGACACAACCAGGUUUUGAUAAGCGAUAAAAAAAAAUCAUGUAAAUAGCUAAACCAAAGAGGGAUAAUAAUAUAAUAUGGUCAUAUGGAACUAAAUUUAUUUAUUUGUAAAAAACACUCCAAGGAGAAAAGAAACUAUAUAGAUUGGACAUCAGCUGGAAAGGAAAUUUUGCAAAUGAAAAGUAUUUUCUUGAGCAUUCAAUUGUACAGUUAAUAUUUGUUUUGUUUUUAUUACCGUUAUCAUUUCUAAAAUAAAAAAACUGAUUCUACAGAAUACAAACUUAUUUUUUCAUUGAUUAUAAUAUUAUAAUAUUAUUAUUAAUAGGCAUUUGUUAAAACAUUGACUUUUUGCUGUAGGUAUGGUACUGUAGUUUAGUGUAUAUUUUACAUUAACUAUUCAAAAAUAUUCUUAAAUUUAUCAUUGAAAAUUAUUGAAUAUAUUUCUAUGAAAAUACAAAUUAUAACUCAUAUAAUUAUGAAUACAGAUAUUUGCAAUAUUUAUCAAAAAUUAUGUUUGAAAAAUAAAAUAUCACCUAAUGAAUUUAUUGUAUCAUGUUUACACAAUGCAAGUAUUUAUGGUGAAUUCAAUUUGAAAAGUACUACAGUAACAGAACAUUCUUGUUUAUUAAUAGCCGAAACUUUUAAACAUGAACCCACUAUUAAUAUUUUGAAUUUGUCUGAUUGUAUUCUACCACCUAAUGGGUUGAAAACCUUUUUAAAUUUAGUGAAUUAUUUAACAAAUUUAAAGAUAUUGAAUUUAAAAGGAAAUCAAAUUGGAAGUGAUCUAACUUUAUAUAUUUCUAAUAUAUUAUCAAAUAAUACUAAUAUUACAGAGCUACGAUUGGAUUGGAAUAAUAUUGGUGAUUCUGUUGAUACAUUUUCCCAAUUGUGUCAUAGCUUAAUGUCUAAUACAGUUUUAAAUACUUUAAUUUUAGCAAAUAAUAACCUAUGUCAAACAUGUGGUUUUCAUUUAGCUAAAAUGUUAAAUAUCAAUAAAUGUUUAAAGAAUAUCGCCAAACAACUAAAACAGAAUAAGUCAAAUAAAAUUAAGCAAAAAGAAAUUCAAGUCAGGAACUCAAGUCUUCUUGAACAUGUAGCAUCAGUUGAUAAAAAUUAUCAAGUACAAUUGAACAUUCUUAACAAUCAAUAUAAUAAUCGUGUCAAUGAACUACAAUCAAAACUACAACUUUUUCAAUUAAAAAAUCAAGAGCAAAAUCAAGAGCUUGAAGAAUUAAAAAAAAAUAGUUUAAAAGACAAAGAAAAUUAUAUUCUUAUUUCAAACCAAGUUAAAAAGAUAGAAUCAGAGGCAUCGUUUAAUAAACAAAAUUUAAAUUUACUUAUAAAAAAAAUAAGUAACGAAAUUCCAAAUUCUGAUAUGGAAAACAUGAAUUACCCAGAGGACUUGGAUAAAAUAUUUUACAUUGUAUCAAAAAUUAAAGAAAAUUGUAUCAUUGAAGUUUUACAAGAAAAAAAGAAAUGUCAACAAUUAGUAGAAAAUUUACUUAAGUUGACAAAUGAACUAAAGACAUUAAAAGAAGAGUGGCAACAUUUUAAAUCAUCAACGGAACUAAAUAUUAAAGAUUAUUCUGAUGAAUUAAUAGCUAUUAAAAAGUUACUUAUUACUAAUAUGUAUCAUCGUAAGAUAUCAAAUAAAAUUAGUAAUGAAAUAAAUAUGAACAAUUUAAUUCGACAACAAGAAGAAAUAAAUACUUAUGAUAAACAGACAAAUGUGUUACUUUCGUUAAAUACAAAGAUAAAGACAUUACAUAAAGAAAAGACAGAUUUAGAAAUUAAAUUAGCAGAAGCUGAAACACAUUCUGUUGAAGCUACUGAGACAAUAAAAGUACUUCAAAACAAUUUGAUGUUGGCUAAAGAUGAAUUAAUUAAGUUAAACAAAACACAACUACAUAAUAUAGCUGCUCAAACAACAAGUGCACAACUAAACACUGAUGCAUUAACCAAGGAAAUAGAUAUUUUAAAAGCUGAUCUUGUUGAAAAAGAUAUCCAAUCAAAACUCUCUAAAAUUGAAAUAGAUAAAAUUAAUUCCAAUCAUAAAACUGAAUUAAUAAAUCUUGAAAAUAAAUUCCAGUCUAAAUAUCAAGCAUUUAAAGAAAAAAGGAAAGAAGAUCUAACUCAAUGUGAAAAGAUAUGUUUAAUGUUUCAAGAAUAUGUUGGUAAAUUGAAAGAAGACACUUCCAAUACAUGAAUAUUGAUCAGUAAAUGUAUAUUAAAUAUGUAGGUAUGUAUAUUACCUAUGUGUUUUUUUUCUUUUUUUGAUGUAAAAAUAUUAAUAUUUUACUCAUUUAAUUCUCUAUAAAAAUUAUUUAUCAAAAAUUUUUAUGACUAAAUUGUAUUUGCUAUCUAAAAAUAAAAUUUAGGCACGUAUACAAAUUUAAUUUAUAAAUGUAUUUUAUAAAUAUUGUGUUUUUUUAAAUUAAAUAGACCUAUUUUGUAUGAACAUUAUAACUUUAUAAGACUGGGUUAAUUUGUAUGUAUACACUAGCAUAAUAUGUUAUUUUAACAUUAUAUAGACUUUUAAAAUGUAUGUGUUCUAGAAAUAUUAUUAUAACAAAUAUUUACUUGGUAGGUAUUUACCAACUAGUUUCAGGAUAGAUGGCGCUAUAACAAAUAUGACAAUAGGUGUUGAAAAAUCUUAAUUUA